AUGCUUCGUGCUCAUCCACCAAGGAAUGGAUGCAUCAUCCUGUCUACCCGUUUGGCAGAAGAACAGGGUUUCAUCAUAUCCCUCAACCCGGCUGAGUGGUGGUCGGUCAACCACAGUACGUGCGGCGCACGACUGAUAGUGUGUAGCGUGUGUUUCUGGCGUUGCCCGGUGGAUCAGCAGCAGUCGCAGCAGCAGCUGUCGCAGAAUUCGGCGCCUGAUCGGCAAGCCAUCCGUUUGCCACCCACUCUCGAGAGCUUUAGCCGUGUGCCACCUGCCCUGCGACGUCACGUUAGACAGACAGCUGAUCGGAGGAAGAGGAUGAGGACAGGACGAGUUACAUCGCUUGUAUCCCUCAUCGGCAUCGGCAUCGGCAUCGAUUCCGCCUCUGUCUUCACGGUCUUCGAUCAGAACACCAAUUGUCGCCACGAGGACGUGCGGUCGUGA